AUGGCUAGGACACCCCUCACUCCUCCACACGCAAUCUUCCUUUUCCUCUUCCUCCUCCGUCACUCCUCCGCCCAGCCGGAGCUCCAAGCCCUCCUCAAAUUCAAGGCCUCCAUCACCAACAGCGCCGCCGCCCUGUCCAACUGGAACCCCCCCAUCCCGCCAUGCACCGGCAGCAAGGCCAACUGGAUCGGCCUGCUCUGCGAGAACGGCGCCGUCGCCGCCCUCUACCUCCAGAGAUUGGGCUUGGAGGGCGCGAUCGACGUCGCCGCCCUCGCGCAGCUGCCUAAUUUGAAGAUCCUCAGCUUCUUCGGCAACAGAUUCGCCGGCCCUCUCCCUAAUCUGGCUCUGCUCCGCAAUGUCAGAGCCGUUACCCUGUCCAAUAACAAGAUGUCCGGCGCUAUUCCGGCCAAUGCGUUUCUAGGCAUGACGGCGCUGGUGAAGUUAGACUUGGACGACAACGUGUUCUCGGGUAAGAUCCCGGCCUCCCUGGCCGGUCUCCCCACCCUACUGGAGCUCAUGCUGCAGAACAAUAUGUUCCAAGGCGGCUUACCUCCGUUCCAAGAAGGUAAACUGAUGAACUUCAGCGUCGCCAACAAUGACCUCUCCGGCGAGAUUCCUCCCAGCCUCAGCCAUCUGGAAGCUUCUGCCUUUUUAGGAAACAAGGAUUUAUGCGGAGACCCUUUGCAACGAUGCCCGAACUUCCGGCUCUCCAUUGGAACAAUUGUCAUGAUGUUACUCGUCGUCGCCGCGGUGCUGGUCGUUCUGGUAGUGGUUAUAGUCAUCCUCUGUCGCCGGAGAGCCACUCCGCGGCAGAACCACGACGAGAUAGCGAAUGCCGCUGUCCUCGUCUCCCACUCCGCCGCCGAUCCGGUAUCUGAUCCGGAGCGCGGGGAGCACCCGGCCACGGCCACGGCCGAUCAGCCGAAUGUGAGAAUGACCUUUUUAAGAGAGGACCGUGAUGUAUUUGAUAUGAUGGAUUUGCUUAAAGCGUCCGCUGAGAUCCUGGGCAGCGGGCUAUUUGGGUCAACCUACAAGGCCGCUCUAAGUGAGCGGCAGAUAGUGGUGGUAAAGCGGUACCGCCACAUGGGCAACGUCAGCAGGCAGGACUUCAACGAGCAUAUGCGCCGGCUCGGCCGCCUCAGCCACGCUAACGUUGUGCCACUUGUCGCCUUCUACUACCGGCGGGAUGAGAAGCUCCUCGUCUACGACUACAUCAACAAGACCAGCCUCGCCGCGGUCCUCCACGGCAACCGCUCCCGCGCCGGCCGAAAAGUCCUGCACUGGCCGGCGCGGCUGGGCAUCAUAAAAGGGAUAGCCAGAGGGCUCCUCUACCUCCACAACGACCUCCCGAGCCUCACGGCCGCCCACGGCCACCUGAAAUCGUCGAACGUAAUCCUCGAUUCCGAGCAAACGCCGUUGCUAACGGACUACGGGCUUGUCCCGAUCGUGAACCAGGAGCAUGCUGAGCAACACAUGAUUUCCUACAAGUCGCCCGAGUACAAGCACACGGGCCGGAUAACGAAAAAAACAGACGUCUGGAGCCUCGGGAUCCUCAUCCUUGAGAUCCUCACAGGGCGCUUCCCCGCGGACUUCCUGAAGCCGAAGAAGGACGCGCCGGACGCGGACGCGGCCACGUGGGUGGAGUCGGUGGCCAAAGACGAGCCCGAUGUGUUCGACGCGGACAUGGCCGCGGAGAGCGAAUGUGAAGCGGAGAUGAUGAAGCUACUGAGGAUAGGGUUUGUGUGUUGCAAGGCGGAGGUGGAGGAGAGGCCGGACAUAAAAGAGGCGGUGCAACAGAUUGAGGAAGUUAAGGAUAGACAAACGGUUUCAAUUUAGACGUGAGAAACUAGCUUGAAUCGUCAAGGUUAUCUUUAGAUUUAGUGUGUUAAGAUAUGCUUGUUUUGCAUCUUGAUGAUUUAGGGUUUUCUUUUUUCUUUUUUUACUAUCAUUUGAGUUGAUCUUAGGCUGAGAAAGGUUUGGUAGAAGCAGCACACUGUUAGAAAACCAGCUCAUUGUAAUUACUCUUAUGUUGAUGUCAAGUGGGAUUCUUGCA